AUGUACCUAGAACAGACACUAGAGGGAGCCGUGAAAGCCAAGUGCGACACGUACUCACUCGGGUCACAGUUUGAUUCGAAGGGAGCGUGGGAGGACUGCAUGGAUCUGCACGACCAGACCAUCUACAGGCUCAACCAGUUCGUCUUGUCGUGUCUAACAAACGCGUGCUCUGGAUCGGACGUGCAGACUUGGCUAAGCAUGACGUUGACCAACCUGGACACGUGUCGGGAAGGGAUGUCAGAGCUCGGUGUCUCAUCUGAGUCCUUACAAUCAGUGUUAGCUAACAUAACCAUAGAUGUCAUCAACGCCUUGGCCAUUAUCAAGGGGAUGAAACAGAAGAUGAAAAUAAAUGAGAACGAGUUUGGGGUAUUAAAACAAGGAGCAAUGGAAUCGCCGUCGACUAAUGGUGAAAGGGUGGAUGUAGUGGUGGCUCAAGAUGGUUCAGGCGACUACAAGACGAUCCAAGAAGCGAUUGAUGGUGCAGGAAUCGAAGCCGGAGAUAAGACCAUAAUCACCGGAGACAGAAGCAACGACACCGGAUUUAGGACUUUCGAUUCCACCACAUUUGUGGCUAAGGGGGAUGGCUUGGUGUUGCGAGAGAUGACGAUAAGCAACACGGCAGGACCAGAGAAAAAAUUAGCGGUGGCUCUACGUAUGGAUUUGGACGCGUCAGCGUUUCACGGAAUCAGUAUUGAGGGCUUUCAGGAUACGCUCUACGUCUACGCUAACCGUCAGUUUUUCAAGGAGUGCCAUAUAUACGGAACGGUGGAUUUUAUCUGCGGUGACGCAGCCAUCGUCUUCCAGGACUGUCAGAUACUCGCACAGAGACCGCCCGGCGGAGUCAACACCAUAACGGUACAGAGCCGGGUCAGCAAGAAUCAUACGGGUGGGAUCGUGAUACACAACUCAGUGGUGAAAGGAGAUCCGAAGGUACGGCUCGGAGGCAUGAAAACGUAUCUGGGUCGUCCGUGGAAACGGUACGCACGGACGGUGGUGAUGAGGACGCAGCUUGGUCAAUUGAUCGAACCCAAAUGA